AUGGAAAUGUCCGGACGCUCCGCCACAAAGACCAUGGACACCAACCACGAGUUUGCAUGUCGGGAACUCUGCGACAACGUAAUUGCGACACUACCAAGGGAACUUAGAGACAUGAUCUACGAGUAUAUCCUGUCUUCAGUAGUACGCGACGUUGCUGCAUUGCCGACAAGCGAGCCAACUUCCUCCAAAUCGGGCCCUCGCUACUGGCAAGCCGAGAAAGUUGGCGACGCGACCUCGAAAGAGAUACUCGAAGUCUGGUAUCGCUUGGUUCGUUUUCACUUUGGACAGGAUCUGGGUUAUCUCGAACGCUUCCUUUCGUCACAACCAGCGCCCUUGGACACAACCCGCCAGCUGCUUGUCACAAAGAUCAGUAUCGCCUUCGACCUCAGAGACGUGGGGACUCACAUGCAGCCAUCUGGAGGCGGUGUGGUGAGGGACUCCGCAUCCCGCACACGUAUGCUAGAACGACUGGAGCACCUGUUCUUGUUGAAGGAAGGCGCUUCCAUCCAUGUCUAUGUCAUUGUACCCCAUAACUACACCAUACUCGCAAGGACACCAGAUCGGCUGUUGCAUCUCGAGCUACUGUUUCAGUUGCGAACCGGUGCAUCGAUACUCAUUCUUCUUGAGUAUUUGGAUACCUCGGCGAUGCCCGAUGAUGGUCAAGAUGCUCUCCUCUUGGAGGGUACUGCCCCCAUGAUUGAGUGUCUGUGCCGGUUGAGAAAGGCUGGCUACGUUGUCGGUGCCAGCGUUGCUGGUUUUGGAGAUUACCGCGGCUUGGUGGACGAAUUUCAGUAUCGUCUAGAAGAGAUGGAUACGUUGGAGCAGGAAACAAACUGCAUGCCUGUGAACGUCACAGACACCUCCAUACAAAUCGCCGUUAUGACCACCAUCAACGUAGUGAGCUCCGGCAAUUGGCGUAUUGAGGCAGAAAGGACCCUCAACUCGAUUGCCGGGCUUAGCGAGGCUUUCCAUGACAAGGCGGCCAAACUUGACAAGAUGAAGAAAGCGAACCCCAAAGCGAAGCUCAUCCAAGAGAAGCAAGCGUCGAGGAAGGCUGGAGGAGAGCUACGCCUGGCACGGACCAGCUUCACCGAUCAGGUAGAGGCUCAGGCCAAGGCCAUCUGUCGCCCUUUUUGCGAAGCUGUCCAUGACCGGCUGCCGCAGGAACUACGCGACAUCAUUGCUCGGCAUCUUUUGACCGAAAGCUCCAUCACUUUCCUCUCCAGCAAAGAUGGCAAGAUCUCUGUUGUCAACGGCCUCUCGACUCUACGACACGCUUUCGAAGAAGACUACACUGGUAUCGGACUGCACAUGGACAUCAUAAGUGAGCUGAUAACGCAAGACGCCCGUUUCGACUUUCGCGCUCGACACGAGCUACUGGGCAGGGUCUUUAAGCACUACGCAGCCGACGAGCGCGGUGGCCUCGAUCUUGCUUGCAAAAUGCGAAGGUUGAGUUUGGUACUGACAGAGCAUCAUUUGGAAGACCGUGAGGCUGUUCACGCUCGCCUGGAGGAACUGUGUAAACUCAGCAAAGGCGCCAAGAUCUUCAUCAUCAUCGAGACGGGUCACGGUACAAAGGCUCAAACUCUCCGUCAAGUGCGACGCGUUCUGCGUGUUUUCUUCGAGCUGCUCAAACGCCUUCACAAGCUCGGCCUCCACAUCCAUGUCGUCGUCAAUCCGGCUUAUUCCGCUUCACAGGUCAGGAACGAUAGCGGUGACACCUUCUCGGUCAUGCACGAAGGACCUUGGAGGUACGUGAUCACACCAGAGAAUGCUAGUUUCACAGUUGAAGGCUUUGAGAGGCGUCUUAGAUAUCUCUCUGGAACAUACGGACAGCACUGGGAUUCACGAUUUCCGCCUCGCGAUGGGUGA